AUGGAAAAUGCGAGCGAGGUUUGUCGUGUUGGCGUUAAAGUCCCGCCAUUUUGGCCUAAUGAGCCCGCGUUGUGGUUCGUACAAUUGGAAGGACAGUUCGCGCUUUCAAAUAUCACGGUUGAUGCGACAAAAUUUUACCACGUCUUGGCAAAUCUAGAUUAUAAAUACGUGUGUGAAGUUAAAGACAUUAUAACUAAUCCGCCAACGGAAAACAAAUACGAGAAGAUAAAAACGGAGUUGAUUUCGCGGUUAUCUGCGUCCCAAGAACAACGAGUGAGACAGCUUCUUACACAUGAAGAACUGGGCGACAGAAAACCGUCACAAUUUUUGCGACACUUACGAAAUCUAGCUGGAUCAGAUGUACCUGACGAGUUCAUUCGGUCAUUGUGGACGAGUCGUUUACCUAGUCACGUACAAGCGAUUAUAGCAGCUUCCCACAACCGAAGUUUCUUCUUCUACGUUUACUAUGGAACAACUGACACGCCGCAUUGA